UUCUGAGGGUAAUACGCAUGCGCACAGAAGCACCACCGCACCACAUUCCCCGCUUCUCCUCGAAGGCAAACAUCCAUGAGCGAGUCGUUUGGUUUAUAUGUUUUCCAUGAUCGUCUGAUCAAAAUACGUGUAUUUCUCAUUCUAGUUUUUACGAGGACUACAAGCUUGACCGUGAAGCUGCAUUAAAUCCCUGAUCGUGCUCAUUUCCUCACUAUGGCAACAGAAGAUAAGAAACCAGAGACUGACACAAAACCUCCAGUCGUACCAUCAGCAUCUGCCAGUCAAAACAAGUCUGCACCAGCCAAGCCAAACUACAGCCUGAAAUUCACAUUAGCGGGCCACACUAAAGCCGUCUCCUCCGUCAAAUUCAGCCCGAGCGGAGAAUGGCUCGCCAGCUCGUCUGCUGAUAAGCUCAUCAAAAUUUGGGGAGCAUAUGACGGCAAGUUUGAGAAAACCAUAUCUGGACACAAACUUGGUAUAUCUGACGUGGCGUGGUCCUCUGACUCUAACCUUCUGGUGUCUGCAUCUGAUGACAAAACCCUGAAGAUCUGGGAUGUCAGCUCGGGAAAAUGCCUAAAAACCCUAAAAGGUCACAGCAACUACGUCUUCUGCUGCAACUUCAACCCCCAGUCCAACCUUAUCGUGUCAGGAUCGUUUGACGAGAGUGUACGAAUAUGGGACGUGAAGACCGGGAAAUGUUUGAAAACGUUGCCAGCUCAUUCUGACCCUGUCUCCGCUGUUCAUUUCAACAGAGACGGCUCCCUGAUUGUGUCCAGUAGCUAUGAUGGCCUUUGCCGAAUCUGGGACACAGCAUCGGGGCAGUGUUUAAAGACGCUCAUAGAUGAUGACAACCCUCCUGUGUCAUUUGUCAAGUUCUCUCCUAACGGGAAGUACAUCCUGGCUGCUACGCUGGAUAACACGCUCAAGCUGUGGGACUACAGCAAAGGAAAGUGCUUGAAAACAUACACCGGCCAUAAAAAUGAGAAGUACUGCAUAUUCGCCAAUUUCUCUGUCACGGGUGGAAAGUGGAUUGUGUCGGGCUCUGAGGACAACAUGGUUUAUAUCUGGAACCUGCAGACGAAGGAGAUUGUGCAGAAACUGCAGGGCCACACGGAUGUCGUCAUAUCGACUGCCUGCCACCCGACAGAGAACAUCAUUGCAUCUGCGGCUUUAGAAAAUGACAAAACCAUCAAGCUAUGGAAAAGCGACUGCUAAGCCCUUUCUGAUCUUUUGGGCUUUUCCUUGGUUCUUUUUUUACAUCUAAUUUUUUUUUUUCUACUUUUUGUUGUAAGAAAAGAGGACUCGUUUUGUAACAGAGAGCUCCUGCAGGACGCAGAGGGCUUUCAGGUAAUGAAAAUCAGCAAGGGGAACCAAAUGAGACACAUCAACUACACACAGUACGAGCUGAGUCGGUCCUACAGCGGACCUGUUCCCCAUCUGAGAUGUUCCAUCUGUCUGUUAACACGUGCUGGGUUUUGUUGGUGACUUUUGUUACUCGCCUCUUGUUCUGGUGCUUCAGUAUUUGUGACACUGCGUUAGCUCUGACAUCACUGCUCAAGACCGACUCACACUCAUGCAUUUCUCGUCUUUUACAAUAAAUCUAAUGGUUAAUUGGCCUUUCUAUAAUUUCUUUUGCCUUUUAAUUUGUCUGUGUAAUUGUGUAGCAUUGUCUAACUGACAUCAGGCUUUAGGUUAAAGAAAAAAAAGGACAUAUAAAGAUCAGUUUGUCUUAUUUAUUCAAGUGGCACCGCUGUCAGUGUUUUCUUACGAUCAAAUGCCGGAUCUUGAGUAAGUGCUGUGCCAUAAUGAGAUGCAUUUUCCAAUACUGUAUAUUCUGUGCAGAUUAUUACAAUAGCAAAGCACAUUUUAAAGUGUUGGAAAAAAUCUUUAUAGUCCUAUUGGUGCUUUGAAUUUAAGCCCCCAUUCUAUUAAAAAAAAAAGUGAUUUUACAGUUUAACAGUGACCAAAUGCAGUUUUGUGUUCUAGGAUUCUGUACAUACUACAUUGACACUUAUUGUGAUUUGAUUAUUUUAGCUGGCCUUUUUUUUUUU